UUCAGGGCUAACCGGCUCCAAACACAUCUAGAGCACUUAUUUUUGCGCAUUCUUGCGUGCCGGAGGACGAAGGCGAAAAACUGCCUGACGUUCUCCGCGCUGUCGACGCAGUGGGAUGGGGUGCGUGCAAAGCAGUGGCACCAGCCCAAAAAAGAAAGAGAACUCUUCCGGCACUGUCAAUGCGGUCGAUAAGCAACAGGCCAAGGAGGAGAACAAGAAGUAUGAGGAAACUAUGUCGUUUCUCUCACACGUUCCCCUCUUCAUGAGGUUACCGAAGGAUCAGCAUCCCAUUUUGGCCGCAGCCUGUGUGAACCAGCCCUUCAAGGCGGGACAGACAAUCAUCACCCAGGGUGAUGUGGGCCGAGAAUUUUUCAUCAUCCAAUCGGGUGAAGCGGAGGUUCUUGUCAGCGAAGGCGGUAGUCACAAGAAGGUUGCAUCGCUGAAGCAGGGAGAUUAUUUUGGCGAGAAUGCCUUGUUGCGGAAUGAACCACGCUCCGCGACCAUCAAAGCUGUCACUGAAAUCAAAACCUUAAAGAUCACGCAGGAAAAAUUCCAGCAGAUGGGUUUGAACGAGAAGAUCCAGUUCGCGAACCGCAAGGCCGUGGGGGCCGGCGGCAAGCGCCAACUGGUGGUGCAGCCGCCCUCGGAGAAGAACGCGGAGGAGCGCGAGUUGAUGGAACAAGCCCUCAAGAAGAAUGAAAAUAUCCAAACGAUGGUGAAGUUAGAUGACAUCAGAGUGAAACAGAU